AUGUGUACUUGGACCUUCUUCGUAAACUUCACUACUAGUAUCACCUCGUAUGGGAUUGUAGGAUUCUUGUUGUGCUCUAUUAAACGCUUCUUUGCUAAUGAAAAUCGAAAAUCAAGACAAACAAAACCAAAAUCGGAGUUUGCACUUACCUGGUCGGAGAGGGAGAAAGGAGACGCCGGCAGAGAAGAUCGUCGGCUUGGAGGAGGAUUGUCGACGGCUUUGGAGGAUGAGCGGACAAGAACGAGAAGAAAAGAAAAGAACGAGAAGAGAAGAACGUAUUGA